CGCUGCAGCCAUGCCUGUCUCCCUGCUGUGGGCGGUGGAUGUGUACGGGCGGGUCUACAGCCUGUCCACGGCGGGGGCGCUGUGGGAGCAGUGCCGUGAUGCUCAGAUGGAGUUCAAGAGAGUGACGGCGGCUCGGCAGUGCUGCUGGGGCAUCGCCUGCGACAACAACAUCUACCUGAACGUCCACGCCUCGGACCUGCCCGUCCGCUAUCAGGAGGAGACCUACGAGAACCAGCGCUGGAAUCCAGUCGACGGUUUCUCAGAGCGUUUGCUGCCCAGCGACCGUUGGCAGUGGAGUGAUGUCACGGGUCUGCAGCACCAGCCCCUGGACGGUUUCCAGCUCCCCUCUGGCAGCUGGGAGUGGGAGGGCGACUGGUAUGUGGACGAAAACUUUGAGGGCGAGCCCACAGAGAAAGGGGGGUGGAGCUACGCCAUCGACUUCCCCGCCACCUACACCAAAGACAAGAAGUGGAACUCGUGUGUCCGUCGGCGGCGGUGGCUCCGAUACAGAAGAUACAAAGCAAUGGACACCUGGGCCAAGAUCCCGUCACAGCAGACAUCUCUACCAGAUCCUUUCAGUGACAUUAGCUGUGGAGGCUGGGACAUCAGCGAGGAGCCCAGAGGACGCCUGUCACUGUGGGCCGUGUCCCUGCAGGGCAAG